AUGAUGUCCUGUGGCCGCAGAGUUACGGCCUUAGCGUCGGUUCGCCCGCGCUUCGUUGUCCGCCCCUACUCGUCGACCGUGCCUCGCCUGUCCGAGAACCGCAUCCAAUCCAACGACCCGACCCCGCCGACCCCCAAGCCCAAUGUCUCUGGGUCCAAUGCCAUACCAACUGACUCAUUCGGAUCUUGGGAUGCUUCUCUGCAGGAGGAGCCUGAGGUCGCGGAGCGCAUCCGCAGCCUCCAGGCGCCGAACCGGGCCAACACCUGGGCGGCCAGCCAGCAGCCCCGUGAGCAGGCGAUGACCGGUCCUCGCUUCGAGCAGACUAUUAUGGAAGUGCAGCCGCGACCCAUGGCCGCCAUUGAGCUCAUCCACAAGCAACCGGUGCGGUGGACCAAGUCCAAGGUCGUCAGCUGCGACGGCGGUGGCGGUCCUCUCGGCCACCCCAAGAUCUUCAUCAACACCGACAAGCCCGAGAUUGCGACCUGCGGGUACUGCGGGCUUCCCUUUGCUCACGAGCACCACCGUUCGUACCUGGAGUCGCUGCCCGAAACCAGCUACCCCCUCCAGUCGGCUGGCGACGCUGCCGAGGUGAACGAGACCCAGCGGGUGACGGAAGGCGGACUGGAGCAGCGAUAG